AUGGCGUUCACUAGAACCAGAGCAGAACCAGAGCAGAACCAGAGCAGAACCAGAGCAGAACCAGAGCAGAACCAGAGCAGAACCAGAGCAGAACCAGAGCAGAACCUCGUGCUGCGGCUUGGAGCAGAACCUGAGCAGAACCCCGUGCUGCGGCUCGGAGCAGAACAGAGCAGAACCUCGUGGUGCUGCUCGGAGCAGAACCAGAGCAGAACCUCGCGGUGCCGCUCGGAGCUCUGCCGAGGCCGCCGUUCGGAGCUCUGCCGAGGCCGCGGCUCGGAGCUCUGCCGAGGCCGCGGCUCGGAGCUCUGCCGAGGCCGCCGCUCGGAGCUCUGCCGAGGCCGCGGCUCGGAGCUCUGCCGAGGCCGCCGCUCGGAGCUCUGCCGAGGCCGCGGCUCGGAGCUCUGCCGAGGCCGCCGCUUGGAGCUCUGCCGAGGCCGCCGCCGCCCCACACGGAGCCAGCCCGGGCUGCACCGACGGCUGCCCACCAACCGGCAGGGCCGGCCCAGCUGA